AUGGCCAAACCCCACCACAACCAGCAAAACCCCGCUUCAGGCACACAUGCAAGCAGAAGCGCCAGCGCCAGCAGCACCACCGCUACAUGUAGGAACACUGAUGGUGGCCAGCAGAGGAACCCGCUGCGGCGCGCUCUGGAAACCCUGCCCCCACCAAUUUUUGCCCUCCCCUUCUUUGCCUUUGCCUUGGCUGCCAUUGCUAUUUACUUUCUCUCCUCUCGUCAGGUUCCCGCUCCAAACUCUGUCCAUUCAACCCCUCUAGACCUGUUAUCCAUUCCAGCUUCGACGUACUCGAACCCCAAAAGCACAAUGUCUUCCGCCGAGCAGACCUUCAUUGCUAUCAAGCCCGAUGGCGUCCAGCGUGGCCUCGUUGGCCCCAUCAUCUCCCGCUUCGAGAACCGCGGCUACAAGCUUGCCGCUAUCAAGCUCGUCACUCCUUCCAAGGACCAUCUUGAGGCUCACUACGCCGACCUGAAGGGCAAGCCUUUCUUUGAUGGUCUCAUCAAGUACAUGCUUUCUGGUCCCAUCUGCGCCAUGGUCUGGGAGGGCCGUGAUGCCGUCAAGACUGGCCGCGCCAUCCUCGGUGCUACCAACCCCCUUGCCUCCGCCCCCGGCACCAUCCGUGGUGACUUCGCCAUCGAUGUCGGCCGCAACGUCUGCCACGGCUCCGACUCCGUCGAGAACGCCAAGAAGGAGAUUGCUCUCUGGUUCAAGGAGGGUGAUGUUGUCAGCUACAAGCAGUCCCAGUUCGACUGGAUCUAUGAGAAGGCUUAA